AUGCAGCCCAUCACUCUCUACUCGCACCCCAUCGGGCCUAAUCCGUGGAAGGUCGCCAUCAUCCUCUCCGCUCUGCGCAUCCCCUACGAAACGAUCAUGGUUGACUUCACCGAGGUGAAAAAGGAGCCCUACGUGAGCCUCUGUCCCAAUGGACGGCUGCCAACCAUCGUGGAUCCCAACAAGAACAUCACCCUGUGGGAGUCAGGCGCCAUUGUGAACUACCUAAUUGAGACCUAUGAUCCGAGUCACCAGCUGAGCUAUGACACGUUUCCCGAACGCCACCAGCUGCAGCAGUGGCUGCAUUUCCAAGUGUCCGGGCAGGGUCCGUAUUACGGACAGCUAGGCUGGUUCCGGCGGCAGCCCGAGCAGGUGCCCCAGGCCAUCGAACGCUACACGGCGGAAAUCCGACGCGUGAUGAGCGUGCUGGACCGGGUGUUGACGGACCGCGAAUGGCUUGUGGGAGACAAGUGCACAUAUGCAGACCUCUCCUUUGUUCCCUGGCAGGAUCUGGUGCCAUUGGUGGUCGGGGACCAGCGCGUGGUGCAGGAAUUGACCGAGCAAUUUCCCCACGUGGAGGCGUGGAUGCAGAGAAUGAAGACGAGACCAGAGGUACAGAAAGUGCUGAAGGAGAAGAGCGAGGCGAUGGCAUCGAAUUAG